AUGGCCGUCGGCUGCUGCCUCUCGCUCAUCCGGGAGCUUGUGGCAGCGGCGGCGUCCCCCGACCGCGCUGCCGAGAGCGCCCCAGCGGUCCUGUUUGCGGUUGACAAUUACGGCGCCCUCUACAGGCCCACCGAUUACGGAGAGACGGCUUUCGAGACGGCGCCAAGCGGGGCGCCCUACCUGCGCAGGCGCCAGCUGGAGGUGUCUGAGCUGAAUCUGGCGUCGAGCAUGCGGCUGCUGAACUGGCGCAACCUGGGGCGCGCGCGCGUGGUGGCGGCGACGAGCGCCACGGGGGGUGUGCCCCUGGACACGCAGAUCCCGCUGCGGAAGAGCGUGCUGCAGUACGAGAUGCCGCGCUUCUCGCCGAUCGAGGUGGCCCACCUGCUGCACUUCUACCACGAGCGGGGCCUGGUGGAGGCCCCCAGCGCGGCGCAGGUGGAGAAGCUGCGCGCCAUCACCAACGGCAGCGGCUCGGACCUGCGGCGGCUGGGGCUGCGGUCGGCGCAGCUGGACACCAACGUGUUCUGGGUGGAGGCAGGGGUGGGGGCUGACCCAAAGGCGAUGCUGCGGACGGGCGAGUUGGGGUUGGCCGCUGACAUCACUAUGCAUGCCAAGUGGCCGGACACAGGUGCGCCAGCGCGAUACGCCAACUCGCCGGAGGGCGGCCCCAGCAACCCCUUGGAGGAGUUGCGGAGAACGCAGGACCCCCGUGAGAGGGCCAGGCUGCUGCAGUCCCUGGACGGCGGCUGGGCGCAGCACCAGGCGUCCUACGUGCCCAGCGGCGCGGAGCGCGCGAUCAGCUCCGAGCUGGGGAUCUGGCCGCACACGGUCAUGCUGUUUGCGCUGCAGACGCCGCGGCUGCAGCAGUUCGACGUUGACACGCAGGUGAAGCCGGCGGUGCGCAGCCUCAAGUCUGCGAUGGACGAGAGCCCUCAGGACGCGUACUACGUCCUCACCAAGCGCCCCGACCUCCUGGCCCACCCCACCAGCCUGCAGCGGUGGCUCGACUACUUGGGAGCCCAGGGUGUCGGCCAGCGCGACGUGAUGGCGUUCCUGCUGACCGCGCCGGUGGAGCUGUUCACCCAGGGCACGCUGCACCAGGCCAGCCAGGUGGUCGCGUGGCUGCGGUCCCUGGGGGUCAAGCCAGACUUCCUCUGGAGCAGGGUCGGCUGCGCCUGCCCGGCCGUGCUGCUGCGGGACCCGGCGGCGGACCUGCAGCCCACGGCAACAUACCUGAUGUCCCUCGGCCUCUCGCCAAACCAGCUUCAGCAGCUGGUCUGCCUGCGUCCCGAGGUGCUGACGUCAUCCUUGGACUCCCAGAUCAAGCCCUUCGUAGAUCACCUCAAGUCCCUCGGCUGCAGCGCGCUGCAGUGCGGCGAGGUGCUGCUUGCGGCGCCGCACCUGCUGCGCGACGAGGCGCGCGCGGCGAUUGCGGCCCGCCUGGCUGCUCUUGGGGAGGCGGGGAUCGACGCGGCGGGCGUGAGGGCGAUGCUGGCCAGGGGCCACGCCGGGUUCCUGUUCCAAAAGGGCGCGCCGCAGGAGGCCCUGGCGUGUUUGAAGGAGCUCGGGUUCACCGGGUCACAGGUCGUGUCCCUGGCGACGCGCUGCCCCGCCAUCCUGUCUGAGAAGCCGCUGGAGCUGGAGCGGCGGGUGGCGUUCCUGCUGGAGACGCUGGUGAUGAGCAGGGAGGCCGUGAUGGGCUGCCCCGAGUACAUGGCCGCCAGCCUCAUGCAGGUCAUCGGGCCCCGCCACGCGUUCGCCGAGGCGCGGCAGCUCGAGGGCCGCGUGGCGGGCACCGACGGCCGCUGGGACCUGGCGGCACUGGCGACCGGGGAGGACGUGGCGUAUGUGGAGGCGCUGGGCGGCAGCAUCAACGAGUACGAGGGCUUCAGGGUGGCCUUCGAGCAAGAGUACACCUCCAAACUCAGCGCAGACGCAGCUCUUGAGUUCCAGCAGGAGUUGAAGAAGCUUGGCAUCUGGGAAGGCCGCUGA